AUGGACUACGCAACAAACCCGGAUGAGUACCUCGCCAUCUCAGCAGCAAAGCUAUUUCUCGAUGACUUGCCUGAUGAGUGUGCCUCGUCUUUAAUCGAGGCAGGGGUUACACCAAGGGUCAUCAAAGGGGUCAGCGCUGACUUGAAUGCCAUCGUAACGAAGAAACCAAUGCCUGGGCUAGUUCACAAAGCCGGCUUUGUUGGCAAGAUGAUGAAGUUCUUUCGAGGGCGCGAUAGUUUCGGCGUCGACUCUACGGAUUAUGUCAUGCCUGGCAGUUUCCCCAGCAACUUUCCAGAUACACGGAAGAAGGAGCCGGCAGUCUCGGAGGCGAGUAACAUUGCGGUUGGUUCUGAGGAGCGGCAAUCGAAGGGAAACCCGCCAAAGGCAUUUAUGCCGGUCACGGAAACGGAUACCUACGCUUACAUUCGAGAGCACCUUGCUGAGAUGGAAACGAAAGGAAAGCCUUCGCACACGCAAACGACGAUUGAAGGGACUUCUGAGGAUCCUGUACCCAAGGGGAUCAUAAGUCCAAUCUCCAAGAGAGACAAGUCGUCACCAGCAUUGAAGCGCUUACAGAAAUCGCGAGGAUUGAAGAGGGUGCACUUCUCUUCCCCAUCGAAGCAAUCCUUGCCGUCUCCAGGCAAGCCCACUGGCUUCCUCUCCAAGUUCUUUCGCUCUCGCGCCGAAGCAAGCACAGGCUCUCAAGUUCGGAAGGAUGAAGCUGAGAGUUUCCUCGGUGGGACACAGGCUGACGGAUCACCCGACAGUCGAAGGUCUGAGGUCACAACCCAGGAUCCAGAGACUGAAGCGGAGUCAGACAACACUUCCGAAGACACCGAAAGCGAGGAUACCAUGGCUAGAUAUAGGCCCAGGCUUGUGCAACAUCUAAACUCGUCCAUCAGAGGCCACAAGUUGAGAGCUCUCUCCGAUGACAGCGAGCCCCCAAGAGUUCCUACAAGAUCGCCGAGCCCCCCGACAUUGGCUGGGUUGAGAAUUUCGGAUGAUAAGGAAGGAGAAUUAGAUGACCUGAGCGCUGCCUUGCAGUUGAUGCUUGAUGAGGGCGAAGCACAACGACGUGCCGAGGAAGGCAGGAAAGCCAAGGAGGCGGAGGAAGAAAGACUGCAACGAACGGGAGGCCUCCGCGUCCCCAAGAAGCGAUUAGUCAAGUCGCUGUCGACAUAUUGGGCGGCAAAAGUGCAAGACAGUAUUCAUGCAGACCCCCAGCAGGUGCUCGCUAAAACGGCCGAAAAUGUGGAACUCAGGCGACACGACUUCCUCAAGGUCGUUCCGGAAACCGAAUGGCUUAACGACGAAAUCGUUAACGGCUCGCUGCUGUGGCUGGAUCGAUAUGUCAAUGAAGCGGCCGGCGCAACCGAUGUCAAGUCGACGAAGAGGGUAUGCCUCGCCAUGAACUCAUUCUUCUAUAAGAGACUAGUGGACAACGGUGUUCAGAAUACUGAAAGGGCGCUGCGAAGGUACGGGGUUACGAAGGCUACUUUUCUCAGCCUUGAGACGAUCCUCAUGCCCAUCUGCAGCGGCAAUCAUUGGACAUUGCUGGUUGUUCGGCCACAAAAGCGAACAGUUUCACACAUGGAUUCACUCAACCCGCGAGGCACAUCGACACAUACCAAGAGAGGUCUAGCAUGGGUUCAGGCGGUUCUUGGAGACGACUUCAAGGCAGACGAGUGGCGCGUUGUAAACCACGAGGCGCCAGAGCAAGACAACGGGUACGACUGCGGCGUGUUCACCAUCACCAAUGGCAUAUGUUUGGCGUUGGGCCUCAACGCCAUCGACGCAUACUCGAAGGAUGAGUUACCACUUCAGCGCCGUAGAAUCGCAGCGAUGCUAUUGAACAAAGGGUUCAAGGGCGACUUUGAUCUAGCCGACCUCUGA